AUGUCUACUGAACUUAAAGCCAAAGAAAUUUUUAAUCAAUUUGCAUCUGUAAGUACGAACCAAGAAAAAAUCUUGACUCUACCAGAUUUUGUUAAUAUAUUAUCUCCGUUUCAAACAGAUAUCCCAAAGCAAGCAUUCUCCCUUUUAUAUUUAAUCGCAGAUACUAGCAAAAAAGGAUAUAUCAAUGAAACUGAUUGGGUCAAAUUUAUAGACACUUUAACCUCGCCUGACGGUGAUUAUAAGGUUUUAUAUCAAUUCCUUACAAGCAGUCCAAAUGUGAAACAUGAACUUCAGUAUAGUGAUUGUGUUGAAGCUUUAAAUAGUCUUAACAGUUCAAUCGACCCAGCUUAUCAACAAAAACUUGGAAAGUUAAAUUGGUCAUUCUUACCAAAAUUGUUUGAACCUAAUGGAGCAAUUGAAUUCGGUCAUUUCUCAACUUUGGUUAGUUUCCUUCCACUUACCAAAUUAAUUGGUAAUUUUGAAUUGGUAAGUUCAAAGAGAAACACAAUCUCUGGUCAACAAAUGAUUAAUUUGUUAAAUUCCAAUUUAAGUCAUAAAAUUUCGAAUAAAUUAAGAAAUAGUUUGACUCAUGUUACCGAAUUUUUUGGAGAUAAGAAAGAAUUCAGUUUAGCUGAUUUAUUAUUUGUAUAUGAUACCUUAAAGAAAGUUGAUUUAAUCAAUGAAGUCAUUGUUAAUACUCCUCCAACCACUAAAGAUAAAGAUGAUAUCAUUAUCAACAAGAAAGAUUUAUAUGCCCAUUUAACUGAUCCAUUAUUAAGAUCAGCCAAUUUUAGACAUGUUUCCAGCUUAGAACUUGAUUUAUUGUUCUAUUUGAUGAAUAGAAAGUCUGACGACAGUGUUCCUCGUAAAGAUCUUAUUGCCUUUUUAAAUCCAAAUGUUGAUAAUAAUUUAGCCACAUUACCAGCAAUUUAUGAACAUCCAAGUAGUCGUCAUAGAAGUGGUGAACAUUCCGAUAAUUUCUCAUUAUGGCCAAUUUAUGAUUCCAUAUAUUCUUUCUUUUUGGGAUCCAUUGCCGGAUGUAUUGGUGCAACUGCAGUUUAUCCAAUUGAUUUAGUGAAAACAAGAAUGCAAGCUCAAAAACAUAAUUCAUUAUAUGCCAAUUCCUUUGACUGUUUCAAAAAGAUUCUUAAAGCUGAAGGUUUCAGAGGUUUAUACUCCGGGUUAGGUGCUCAAUUAGUCGGGGUCGCUCCUGAAAAGGCCAUUAAAUUGACUGUUAACGAUCUUGUUCGUAAGAUUGGUACUGAUGAUGAUGGGAAAAUUACCAUGGGUUGGGAAAUUACUGCUGGUAUGACUGCUGGUGGGUGUCAAGUUAUUUUCACUAAUCCUUUGGAAAUUGUUAAGAUUAGAUUACAAAUGCAAGGUAAUGUCAAACCAGUAGGACCAGGGGAAAUUCCCCUUAAACAUUUAGGUGGUGCUGAGAUUGUUAGACAAUUAGGAUUAAGAGGUCUUUAUAAGGGUGCAAGUGCAUGUCUUUUAAGAGAUAUGCCAUUCUCGGCCAUUUAUUUCCCAGUUUAUGCUAAUUUGAAGAAACAUUUAUUUGGAUUUGAUCCAAGUGAUUCAACUAAGAAACAGAGACUUUCUACGUGGCAAUUAUUAGUUUCUGGUGCUCUUGCUGGAGCUCCAGCUGCUUUCUUCACCACCCCUGCAGAUGUUAUUAAGACUAGAUUACAAGUUGCUGGUAAGAAGACCGAAGUAUAUAAGGGGAUUUUCGAUUGUGGAGCUGCUAUUCUUAGACAAGAAGGUCCAGGAGCAUUCUUCAAAGGUUCUAUUGCCAGAGUUUUUAGAUCAUCCCCACAAUUCGGUUUCACUUUAGCCUCCUAUGAACUUUUACAAAAAUCUUUCCCAUUAACCCCUCCACUUACUCGUGAAUCUAAUUUCAGAGCUGUUAGUGGAUAUCCUGGUGUUUAUAACUUGACUAAUGAUCAAGUGUAUAAUUCCCAAGGAAAGAAUGACCGUUUAAUUAUUAUGCACAAAUCAGAAUUUUCCCCAGACACUCCAAAAAUUGACAAUCCAUUAGUGAAAUUACCAGCUGAAUAUUGUUAUAAAUCACAAGAUGCAAUUAAAUUAUUAUUGGAUAUUGAUCAUAAGUUCAGUAACUUCAAUUAUAAUUCUUAUUUGAACUAUAUCCAAAAGAAAUAG